AUUUUCCUAACUGGUUUGCUGAUUAUUGAGUGAAUGUGUCGAGUGAGCGACAUUCGAGAUUCAAAGCAUUUUUUGAAUUUUUUUUUUCAUUUUCUUCAAUGGUUUGGUGUGUUAUGAAAACCACAUAAAUAUGGACGUACCUCAGCCUCCAGAAGAUAUUGAACUGAGAAAUAUAAUCGACAAAUUAGCUCAAUUUGUUGCUAGAAAUGGACCAGAAUUUGAACAGAUGACCAAAAACAAACAAAAAGGAAAUCCAAAGUUCCAGUUUUUGUAUGGUGGUGAAUAUUUCAAUUAUUACCAGUAUAAGGUUACCACAGAAGAAAGCAUAUUCAAACAGCAGCAGCAAGGCAAUAUAGUGAACGACCAAAACAGUAACUGGAAUACACCGCCCCCUGCUCCAAUGCAGAACGCAGCAGAAAUUGAACAGUUAUCAAAACAACAAGACACUUUACGUGAACAAAUAAAGCAAAGUGAACAAAAUUUAUCUGCACAACACACAGUUCUUCUUCAACAGCAGCAAGCACAAGUGGAACAGACAGUGAAAAAGUGUGAAGCUGUAGACUUGCAAAAAGAAGCAGAUGACUGUGAAGUGUCCCUCACUGAAAUUCAUAGUAUUUUACAACCCAUAAUUGAUAGUUGUACAAAAGACAGUAUAAGUAAUGGCAAGUCCUGGUUUCUUCAACAUGCAACAAAUAAACAAAAAGCCUGUUGUAUUGUAGAGUGCCUGUUGUAUAAGGUGCUGCAGUCUGGAGUAUUUUCCCAAAAAUUACAUGUGAUCUAUUUGGUCAAUGACCUAUUACACCAUAGUGCCAGGAAAAAUGCCAAUGAUUUAAAGGAUGCUUUGGAAAGAGUUGUGGUUCCUAUGUUUUGCAAUGCCAGUAUAGCCGCUAAUAAUGACCAAAGGCAAAAAUUAGAGAAAUUGUUAAAAUUGUGGGAGUCUAAAACGAAUUAUUUGAAAGCUGAUACCUUAGAAAAAAUGAGAAACCCACUGCAAAGUUAUCAGCAGUAUCAGGCUGAACAGGUAGCAAAGUAUUCUGCAGAAGUUGCUGCUCUAGCAGCACAAACUAAAGUAACAUUUGAUGGUUACCAAGCCCAGCACCAAGCAUUUGUUUGUCAUGCUAUGCAACAGAUAAUGGACUUACAACAACAAAAACAAAAUUUGGAACAGCACACAUCAGUUCCAAAUCAACAAAUUCAGUUGCCCCCUACUAAUUCAUCUUCAAUCAUUCCCCUCGAAACAAUUCAAGCUAGCCUACAACAGACCAUACAAAGUCUUUCCCAGAGUAUAAAUACAACAUCUACUCCAAAUUCACAAACCUUUUCUAUUCCAACCAUGAACCCUCCAAAUCCUAACGAUACUUAUCUACAGAUGAACCCUUCUGUCCCUCCACCAACUUUGAAUCAGUCGAACAUGAAUCAGCAACCUCCAGAAAUGAACCAAAUGCUCACAAAUAACGUGAACAAUUUGAAUCAACCUCAAAACAACUAUUCUGACAUGAGUACCAUUCCUGUUUUUCCUGUGACACCGGAUCUGAGUCAACAACCACCGCCGAUAGGCCAACCUCCAAAUGGGAUAGAAAACAUUAACAUUCCCUUCACACAGCCACCUCCGGGUUACUUUUCACCUCCUGGGAUGUUUCCGGAUUUCUCCAAGCCUCCUCCUGGCUUCAUUUCAAAACCGGAUACUUAUCUGGAAGACCUUAUGCCAACUGCUCCAUAUUACGACUUACCUGCUGGACUAAUGGUUCCUCUUGUCAAGUUGGAAGAAACAUCAUAUAAACCGUUAGAUCCUAAAGAUAUUAGGUUGCCCCCACCAGCCCCUCCAAGUGAACGACUGCUGGCAGCUGUUGAGGCUUUCUACUCUCUACCANACACAAUCCGAAUUAUUUUAAGCGAAGGUUGGGAAAAACUAGGUUUGUAUGAAUACUACAAGGCUAAAAACAUAGCCAAAAAAGAAAAAGAAGACAUGAUAGAGGCGGGCCUUAGACAAAAAUCAAGGAGCCCUAGCCCAAUAGAGCUGCCUUGUGAGAAAGAACUUCCUCCACCUAAAAGGAGGUAUCGAAGUAAAUCUCCUACACCUCCUCCUGUCACUUCCCAUCGAAGCACUAAAAGAUCCAGAAGCAGGUCAAGGUCUAGGAGUAGAUCGAGAUCUAGAUCUAGGAGCCCUAGAAGGAGACAUAGAAAUGAGAGGGAUCGAGAUUCGAGAAGGGAUGGACGAGAAAGUAGAAGACGAAGAAGUAGGUCCACUUCUAGGACUAGGUCACCAGUCAGGAGAUCUAUCUCACCACCGCACACUAGCUUUAGUAACGUUAAUUUAAUGCAAAAUGCUAUCCAAGAACUGGAUGCUUCCAACAAGGGCCAUCAGAUGCUGAAGAAAAUGGGUUGGGGCGGUAGUGGCCUCGGGGCAAACGAACAAGGCAUAGACGCUCCGAUUUCGGGGGGAGACGUUCGCGAUAGACAAGACCAGUUUAAAGGGGUGGGAUGCAACCUGAACGAUCCAUAUGAAAACUUUAGAAAAAACAAAGGUGCUGCAUUCAUAAUCAGGAUGAAAGCCAGAGCAGAGGAGAGAGCAGCAGAGAGUAAGUUGAUUGAUUAAAAAUGUUCACUUCCUUCAUACUUGAAUCCAAUAUGUAGAGAACAAGAACAAUAGUUUUGUUGAGAUACCAAAUGCAAUUUGCUGAACGAUUGUGGAAUAUGUUGCAUAUAAUUAUGGUCGAAUGAAGUUAAAUUGCUGAACUUACUGGCGAAAAUUUAUAUGUAAUGGCACAAUCUGAAAUGAUAUUAGAGCUGGGGAAAUUUUGUGAUAUUAUAUACUAUCAAUGCAAUGCAAGGAAAUGCAACAGUUUUAUAGAAAUCUUCAUAUGAUCUUGUCUCCGAAUAUCAUCGCUCAGUAACAAAUUGUUCUUGACAAAUGAAAAUUUUUGCAAAUGAAAGCAUUACUAUAACUAAUAUCAUGAUUUGGUAGAGGAGUAACUGAUCAAUUAUGUAUCGUUUUGAAGAAUUUCAUUGUGAAAAGCAUUCGACUAUGUUUGUUUCUCUUCAUUCAGUACAAACAAUAAAAUUCUGAAGAAAAAAAGAGCGACUUCAAUCACAAAUGAUAACGUUAUUCACAAUUAAGAAAUUUGACCAAGUUGAACUUAUAAUACAUUGUGAACGAAUGAAUUGGAAUUAUGUAUUUAAAUUAAUCCAUAUCACGUCAAAAACUUCAUCUUUUCUGGAAGAGAUUUGAGUUUGGAAAAAACUAUUGUAAAGUUGAAAGUAUAUCAGUGAAAACUAUGUAGGACAUUUACAUUAGAACAAAAAAGUCCAUUCAAAACACCUAUUUAUCCCACAGAUAUUGAAAUAUAUUUGAAUCCUCAUUUCUUUGGUCGUUUUUACUCCAAAUAUUCAUAAAGGGAAUUGAAUCAUGUUGAAUCUACUGAAACGUAGAAUUAUCCUGUAGCACAGUAUGAGUUCAACAAAUGGGAAAAUGUUUGGUGUAGAAACUUGUAAAAAAAAUGCGAUUUUGUGUUAUUAAUAGUCUUCUGAGAAAAAUACUUGUUUCAGAUUAUUUUUCUUUUUAUUUAUAUCUGGAAAAACCUCUG